UGCGGUUAUUCAGAAUUAUACGACGCCUCCAUUUCUGUUUAUUAAAACAAGAAGAAGUGCUGCACGGUGGAAAGUUGCAGUGUUGGAGUCACGGUCAUGCGAUUGGAAAUCAAGAAAGAUCAGAAAUGUAGGUUAUAAUUUAUCAGUGGACCUGUGGAAGCCCCAUGUGAUUGGUGACUAGGCCUCAGUCACUCAGCAGCUCUGGCUCGAUUACUCAGCCUGUCCCAGACUCGGUGAGUCGAAGCAGAAACUCAGUCGCUUCAGCUGUAACUUGUUAGCUGGGUUAGCUAGCAGGAGCUGCAGGCUGGAGAGGAUGGCGCCCUCGGAUCAGUCCGAGCAGCACAGUAAGAGUGGAUCUCCAGUCCGAGACGAUGCUCCACCACGAGAAGCACUGAUCGCCACAGCAGUGAAGUUCCUGCAGAACCCCAAAGUUAUUCAGAGUCCGCUGGCGACCAGGAAAACCUUCUUAAAGAAAAAAGGUCUGACAGAUGAGGAGGUGGAGCUGGCCAUCCAGCGCUCAGGCAGCACGGAGGAGAUGCUGGCUCGGACCCCCGCGGGACCCCCACACAUGAUUCAAGGCCCUCCGCUGGCUCCUGUACCUUACAAUCCCCCUGGUUACAGAUGGAGGGACUACGGUGCCCUGGCCAUCAUCAUGGCAGGAAUGGCCUUUGGCUUCCAUCACCUGUACCGGAAAUACAUCCUUCCCCUCAUUAUGGGCAGCAAAGAGGACAAGAAGCAUCUGCAGAGGAUCGAGAGCAGCAUCAUCGAGAUGAGUGGCACGCUGACACAGACAGUGACCCAGCUGCAGGCUACUCUAGCCUCAGUGCAGGACUUGUUGGUUCAGCAGCAGAAGAGAAUACAGGAGCUGUCUCAGGAGCUGGCCAACUCUCAGGCCUCCUCUGCUACCAACCGCAUGCUGGAGUCCCAAGGCAUCAGCGAGCUGAAGGCUGAGAUUGCUUCUCUGAAGGGGCUUUUGCUCAGCAGGAGACAGUUUCCUGCCUCGCCUUCCCUCCCCAAAAUCCCAUCCUGGCAGAUUCCUCUAAAGCCUGGCACACUGUCCAACCCGCCCUCGGUCAACCACACCAACAGCAGCAGUGACAUCUCACCCGUCAGCAACGAGUCGGCCAGCUCCUCUCCAGUCAAAGAGGGCCACAGCUCACAGGUGACCCCGUCCAGCACGCACAGUCUGAACGGAGAGGCGGGAUUGGGGGCCAUGCUGCCUCUGGACCUGAAGGACCAAGUUCGCAUGGAAGUGCAAGGAGAGGAAGAGAGGAAAGAGGAGGAUGAGGAAGAAGAGGAGGACGACGAUGUGACUCACGUGGAUGAAGAAGAGCACCUUAGUGUCCAGACAGAGGACAGGAGAGGAGGAGAUGGACAGUUUAAUGAGCAGGUAGAGAAGUUGCGGCGUCCUGAAGGGGCAAGCAACGAGAGCGAAGUGGAUUAGGCCACUGUCUAGCGUUUCUGUGUGCUUUAGUUUAUUCUUCCCAUUCACUAAACCCUUACUUUAAUCCGAAAUCACUCACUUUAGGCAGGCUAUUGCAACCACGGCACACUGUGAUAAAGAGCAACAGGUGAGCUGACAGCAAUCUAACCUAGUCGUUUGUGUUCACUACUCUUGUGAUGUGACGUUUUCAUUUUUCUUUUUUCCCCUCAAACCUUCUUGCAUGCCCAGGCAAGCCCCCGUAUAACAAACAGUGUGAAACUAGACAAUGACGGUUACGAUCUCCUUUUUUUUUUUUUUGGAUUCUUUUAGCAACCAUUCAGUGCGCCCAGACAUUUCAGUCAUAAACACCAGUUAUAUUACUCAGAGAUUCACAUAUAACUGUCCUUUCUGUUCAGUCAGAUCCAGAUUACUGAGUACUACAAGCAUACUGUAAUGUAUAUGGACACAUCAUAUUUACUGUACUUAAUAGCAGACAAGGGCCUACAAUGACAAGAUGGACACCAAAGAAUCAGUGUACCCCUUCCUGUUUUUUUUUUUUAUAUAAACUUUGUUGUGUGUCUCUCGCACAUACGCACAACUACAGAGAGACCCCAUUCUCUACCAUCAAUACAAUUGUGACAUUGAAUGAACUCUUGAGUCUGGACUCUUAACUAUCUGAUCACAACCAUUUAACUUCUUUCCUCUCUCCACUGCAUAAAGUAACAUGGUACAGCUGCUAGCUUGUCAGUGGAAGAGCAAGUCCUUGUAACUUCCGAUUAAAGUGAUGAUGGGUUUGCUUCCUGGUGGUGCUGAGAAUUUGAGAGCACUGAAGAGGCAAAUAAACGCUGUUUUUAAAGCACUCUGCCUGCAUGCGUGAGUGACGAGCGAGCGAGCACAAGAAAGAAAGAGAUAGGGAGGGAGGGAGGGACUAAAAGCAAGUGUGAGAAAAGAGAGAUGUAGAAAACAAAAGCAGUCUGGCUGCUCAGUUGCAUCUCUCCCAUCUCCAGCAGGGCAGCUGAUUUGGUUUAUGAAGUAUGUUAAUAAUCAAAUGAUCAACAAAUAACAGAUGUAUUAGUUCAUGCAGCUUGAAAUGUCAAGGAGGCUAAAAUCGGAAAUCUAAUACUCAAAGCCUGUUCUAUUGUGUUAUAUUACAUGACAAAGCCUCCAGUCCAAAUUAUGCCGGCCUCCUACAGUGAAUAAUCUUAACAUGAAACGGCGCCGGGGUUUUUGUAAUUAAACCAUGUAAAACAAUGGAUGCUUCAGCAGAGGUGCUGACAGUUGUGCUUCUCUCUUUUGUGGGGCUUUUCUCUCCGAGUCCUGAGGGAGAGAAUAGAAAAGAAAAAAAAAGAGACCUGAAAAAACACCCCUGAUGCAAAUGGAGAGUAACGUAUGAAUACUUAACUAAUGGAAUUACUCACUCGCCAGCUGACGAGAAGAAGAAAAAAAGCGAGAAAGAUCCCGGAGAGAGAAUUAGAGCGUCAGCUCCACUCUGACAUUUUCACUUCUAACAAAUGGCCUUCAGAGUAACGUGAUUAUGGCCCAAGCAGGUGAAGCGAUUGCGGGCUGUGGCAGCAGUCCACUGUGGAGAACGUUACUGUCUAGAUUACAGAUGACGUAAAACAAUGGCAAUAUGACUAAGAAAAAGGUAUUUGUGCUUUAUAUAAUAGGGACUAUGAUAACAAAUACAUAAACUUACUGUAAAACUGGGUUAAGGUUUUUAAAUGAUUAGUAAUAAAUAAAUAAUUGUGGUAAAAAAAGGAAUGCUGCAGUGUUUUUUAAACCAACAUUCUAAUAAAUAAAUAAAUCUUUCAGGAUGACACCAAGUAUUUAAAGCUCAGAUCUUGGGUAAUGCUGCUUUGCACGCAACAAUCGGAGUCCAAGAGAGCACAACUGGCCAUGCUCUCUCUGGGUGGGAAGAUUAGACUCUCUUACCUCAUCACUCCUGCAGUGACUGGCUGGCUGAUGUAUCAGAGCUGGGGAUCCGACGCUUUCCUCAGAGGGCGUUGGGUGCCUGACGAUGAUGCAUUUAGUGGAAGUGGCACCCUAAAUUGGAAAGAAAAUGGGAAGAAAAAAGAAAAAUAAUCAUUUGAAAAGGGGGUUCAAAUGGUUCUUUAACGUGUUGUUGUAGAAAAAUCUUUGGUUACCUUAAAGAACUAUGUUUGUCAUAGAUACGUGAGGGUAAAGAACCUUUUAAAAAUCUAAAACCUUCAUUUGAUGUAAAAACAAUUCUUUGUUUAAAAAAAAUAAAUGAAUACUGUAAUACAUCUGCCCCACACAGUCAACAGGUUUUUUUUUUUUUUUUCAUAAAAGCAGGGGAAUCACUGCAUUACUGAUUAUAACCAAUGUAGAAGAUCAGAAUAAGGGGAAAAAAGCUGGAGUAUUCCUAUAAGGUGAAUUAUUUUUGAUCUGAUACUGACCGGGCAAAGAUUUAGCCUACAGGAAAAGAAGGCCUGAACAUCAGUAGUGCAAAGCGUCAGCAGGUGUGUGCAAACAUGUUUUUGUAUUAAAGCAAAAUAUAGCAUUUAUUUUGAUGUUUUGGCACUGACUCUUGGGUGUACAGUCUUUGAAAGUUCAGACAUGGCCUUCUUCCCACUGCAGAGAUAUUCCUACUGUAGAGCCCCCAAUGAGUACUCUUAAUGACUGUGGUGUUCGGAUAUGAGAGAAUGUAAAUAUUUGUAAUAAAUUUGAUUUAACACCA